UUUAUUUUAAAAUCGUUUUUAAAAGUGUAAAUAUUUAGAUCUAUAACGCAAAAGAGCAUUCAUGGAAAAAUAUUUAAGAUGGCUGCUUGACAACACAAACAAAUAGAUACGAAAUAGUGAAAUACCAUAGGUCAGGAUUGAUGCUGAUUUUAGUUGUGGAUAGGCCAUAAAAAUGCCUAGUGCAGGUGCACUACCUGCUCCAUUUAUAACUCCAAUCCAUAAGGAUUGUCAAUUACCAGGAAAUAAAAUUGAUGUUUCUACACUUAUUGAAUUAAGUUCAGAAACUCCCAAUACUAAAAUCUACUUCACAACUGACGGUAGUAAACCUCUUCCUUUUAAAAAAAAAAUUGGAGGGAAGGAAAGAACAUUCAAAUAUUUUGCCCCUUUUAGUUUAAAACCUGGAAAAAGAACAAUAAAAGCUGUGGCUGUUUCUAGGGAUGGACUUUUGGAAAGUGCAGUUGUAUCUAAAGACUUAACUGUUGUAGAUGCAAUAAAUUCAUCAAUGCAGGAUGGUUAUGAUAGUAGUGCAAGUGGAAUGACAUUGCAAUCUUUUUUUGAUGAUAAUUCUGAUGCAGAUUUUAACUUAAAACCUGGAAAAGUCAAUGGUUUUCGCUCUAAAAAGUCUCCAAAAAAAUCAAGGUCAACUUUACCAAAAGAAGCUUGGAGUGGUACUUAUUAUCAAGAUCCCUCAGCAACUGGUGCAUCAGAGAAUCAAUACCCGCCUAUUCCUGAUGGACCAUUCAAUCCAACAAAUUAUUCAGGAACUCAAAUCAAUGUAUGGGGAGCGCCACCUGGGUCUUGGCCAGGCAUGCAUGCUAACAAUGGAAUGAUCACCUUUGGUAAUGGCCCACCAGCUCCACCUUAUCCUGUACAGUAUGGGUUUUUAACAGAGAAUAUGAUACAUGGACUCAAGAAAAAAGAGGAACCAAAAAAACCAGAUGGUUUGACCCUGGGAGAUAUAAGAAAACUGAUGGAAGAAGCUAAACCAAAAACACCACCACCUGCUAUUGAGUACAAAACAGUUUGGAAGGAUCCUCCCUUAAAUGCUGUUAGCCCAGGGAAUGACGAUUUUCAAGGCAAUAUUCUUCACAUAUAUGCUCAUAUGCUAGACAUGGCUAAAAAUAAAGUAAACUUCAAGAAGAAUAUUGGAGAAUUUAAAAUGGGAAAGAUUUUGGAGGCCAAGGUAGAAGAUGAAGGCGAUGGGUACAAACUUAAUAUUGUUUUUGAAAAGCCAGGAACACAAAGAGGGUUAAACAAAAAAUCAGCCAAACCUCCUGUUGUCAAAAAAACACUGCCCAAAGAAGUUAAAGCAGCCACUCCACCCCCAUCUCCACCUAAACCUGUAGAGCCACCAAAACCUAAGGAUGUACCUAAACCUAAACCAGAGAAAAAAGCUGAUCCUUACUAUGAAAAAGAAAUUGAAAAUCUGCCAUGUGAGGGCACACUAAAGCCUUAUGAACCAUUUAAAGCUGAAGCAGAUGCUGAAACAUUGAGAAAUGCAAUGAAAGGAUUAGGCACAGAUGAAAAUGCCCUAAUUAAUAUUUUGGCCUACAGGGCAAACCCCCAGAGAGCAGAAAUAGUUGCAGCAUAUAAAACUCUUUUUGGCAAGGACUUAGUUGAAGAUAUCAAAAGUGAAACAAGUGGCAACUUCUGUGAGGCCUUGAAAGGACUACUCCUGAAACCAGCGGAGUUUGAUGCACUAAUGCUUAGAAAUGCAAUGAAGGGCUUGGGAACGGAUGAAGAUGUUUUAAUUGAGAUAUUAUGUACACGUUCAAAUGUACAAAUUCAAGAAAUUAAAAAAGUAUACAAAGAAAAAUUCAACAAAGAUCUUGAAAAGGACAUAAUAGUGGACACUUCAGGACAUUUUAAGAAACUACUCGUGUCGCUGAUCCAAGGAAAUAGGUCAGACAGUAAUGAAGUUGACAGAAACAUGGCACAUGCAGAUGCCAAGGCACUUUUCCAAGCUGGAGAACAAAAAUGGGGGACAGAUGAAUCCCAGUUCAAUAAAAUUUUGGUGUCACGCAGUUUUCCACAAAUACGUGCUACCCUUGAAGAAUAUUCAAAAAUAUCAAAGAAAGAUAUGGAGGAAGUAUUGAAAAGUGAAUUCUCUGGUGAUGUGCUCAGUGGCAUGAAAUCAAUUGUUAGGUGUGUGAAAAACAGAUUUCAACAUUUUGCUAGACAACUCCAGAAGACAGUGUCAGGACUUGGGACUGAUGAUAGCAGCCUUAUUCGAAUUAUUAUCAGUCGCUGUGAGAUAGAUUUGGUGCAGAUUAAAGAUGAAUUUAAAAAACUUACAGGAAAAACCUUGGAACAGUUUAUAGCAGAUGAUAUCUCAGGAGACUAUCAACGACUGAUGCUAGCAUUAGCUACUGGUGGACCACCCCCUAAACCUACAUCUGGAAAAGCCUUUGUAGAAUCUGUAAAAUACAAGACAGACGAGCAGCUAGAUGAAGAGGUCAAGUUAGAGAAUGAACCCAAGAAGGAGGAUCCCACACUUUUGCCAUAUCAGGCUUUUAAUCCAGAGCAGGACUGUGCUGUACUGCAAAAAGCAAUGAAAGGUUUUGGUACAGAUGAAAAGGCUAUCAUAAGUGUAUUAGGAUACCGGUCAAUGGAUCAAAGACAAAAAAUUGCCCUUACUUACAAGACACAGUUUGGAAAGGAUCUAGGAGCUGAACUUUCAAGUGAACUUAGUGGAAAUUUUAAAACACUUUGCAUAGACAUGCUACUAGGUCAAGCUGACUUUGAUGCCAAACAGUUGAAUAAAGCCAUAAAGGGUCUUGGAACUGAUGAAAAUGCACUUGUUGAGAUCAUAUGUACACGUACCAAUGCCCAGCUGAAUAACAUCAAAACCUCAUACAAAACAAUGUUUAACAAAGAGUUAGAAAAGGAUAUAGCAGGGGAUACAUCUGGCCAUUUCAAGAGAUUACUUGUAGGGUGUCUGCAGGCAAAUAGACCUGAGGGAACAGAGUUCAAUCGUGUUAUGGCUAAACAGGAUGCUCAGGCUUUGUUGGACGCUGGUGAGAAGAAAUGGGGAACUGAUGAAUCUCGUUUCCAUACAAUUCUUGUAUCUCGAAGUUAUGCACAACUGAGAGCUACCUUCCAAGAGUAUGCAAAAUUAGCCAACAAAGAUAUAGAAGAUAGUAUCAAAUCAGAAAUGAGUGGGGACAUAAAGGAAGGCAUGUUAGCAAUAGUUCGAGUGAUCAGAAAUAAAUCUGCAUACUUUGCUUCGGAACUGCAUCGUUCUAUGAAAGGUUUGGGAACAGAUGACAAUACAUUAGUUCGUAUUGUUGCUUCUCGGUGUGAAGUUGACAUGGUACAAAUAAAAGAAGAAUUCCAGAAAGCUUAUAAGCAGACCCUUGGAAUGUUCAUUAAAGAUGAUACAUCCGGUGAUUAUCGUACAAUGCUGUUAACUCUAAUUGGAGAACCACCUGCCAAAUAAUUUUAAUUUUACAAUCAAAACUUAGUACAUAAAGCCAGUAAUCAUUGUAACCAUUAAAUACAUUUUUAAAAUAUAUUUAAAUUUAAGUAAAAUAAUGUUUUAUUGGUACUUUCUAUUGUUUAAAUUCUGUGAUAAAUAUUGUUACAUAAUAAUAUCGGCUAUUAUUUACAUAACUCCAGCUGUCUCACAUUGUCCCCCAUACUUUCAUGUUUUUUAAGAUAUAUCUAUGAGAAGUAAACAAAGGUUAUUGAGUUAGUUUACUAUUUUAAUCAAUAACAUGCUAAAAUGUUAACCAUUAGCCAUAAUAAAACCUGCAGAAUGAUUAUUGAACAAGCCCAUGAGUCUUUACUAAUUUUUUUUAGUUGUCAGCAGCCUAGUAAAAUAAAUUCUUAAAAUUAGAAUCAGAAAUUUUGAUUUUUUUGUUAAUCAUGUAUGGAUAUAAAUAAUUAAGAUCUUUUACCUUUAACUGUAAUAAACAAUGUAUUAGCUUCUUUAACUUUCUCUUUAAAAACUUCAAAAAAUUAUUUGUCUUAUAAACAUUAUAAGUUAUAUUUUACUUUUUUUUUAAUGAUAGCCAACAUAUUCUUAUUAUCUUAUAAUUAAUUAUAGAUUUAUAUGUAAUACUAGGGUUUGGGAAACAUUACACCAAUAAACUCCUCUGAAUGAUUCAUUUUUCAUAUAAAUGUACUAGCUUUAAUGUUUUAUAUUUUUAAAAUUGUAAAUAUAGAAUUUUUUUUGAUGUCUAUUUUCAAUUUGGUAAUUACUGUAAUUUUUUAUAUAACUGUAUUACAAAAUAAUAGGAACUUUUUUGCAAUGAUAAGUUGUCUUCU